GCCAUAUAACCCAUCAAACCAGUUGAUAACGAGUUAGCGUUCAAAUAUAACCCCACGGUGUUAGCUUGUUUGUUGUUAUAAAUCAGUAUUUCUUCGCGAGGAGGAGGGAAAGGGACAGGAAAAAACGGACACGCACACACACAGGAGAAGUGAGCCGCAGGCGCAAACUAGCUUCAGCAUUGCUUCAGCAGCUGCCUUGCGAACACAGUUCGGUGUAGACUUUCAAGAUGGAUGCUUCGCCUCGAUAGGUUUCUGUUUCCUUUUUGAAACCGACGACAGUAACGCCGAGUCCCCACGCGAGGAGGCAUGUGGAGGACUGAGGGGCUUUCAUGAGUAAACAGACGCGUUGUUUAUGAAACGAUAAACGUGAAGCUACGUGGAUAUUUUUGCUUCUACGUGCUGUGGACAAACAGCUAUUUUCUAACUUCCUGGUUUUCGUGUUAAUAUGUGUAUUGAAACGGCGGCGACAGGAGCUCGAGUGACUUUGAAAGGUUUAUCUGACGUGGGAUACAUGGGAUCUAAUUACCGAGUUGUGAUGUUUGAAUCCGGGGAGAGCAGUUUUCAGCGAAAGGAAAAGGGAGGCCGACAGAUUUCAUAAGCAAUGGAAAGUGGGAAUGGUGGUGCCUCGAGUAAAGGUGUCUUGAUACCUGUGCCAGACUCUUCUGACAUCUUUAAAAACAGUAUCUUGGCUCCACUUCAACGUGCAUACUUGUAUGAUGAGUCGAAGCAGUGUUUCAGAUACAAGUCUGCUGUUUUGGUAAAGAAUCCAACUUUGGAAGAAAAGUACAAUGCCUUCCGAGCAAAAAGGAGAGACGCUGGGUAUUCAGACGAGGAUCUAGAGGAGUCCUAUGGCUUUUUGCUCUUUGACGAUGUCAACAAGGCUAACGCACUCCGAGAAACCGGUGUGCUCACUGGAAAUAGCACAUGUACAACUCUGGGAGAUCCUUCUAAAGGUGUUUACAUAUCGAUGUACUCUGAUUGUUUGGAUCUGAAUCGUUGGUAUCAUGGGAAAUCUGGUUACAUCGCCAUCAUCAGGCUGACAAAGGGUAAAGUUAAAAGGGUUUCAGAAAACUAUACCCAGAAUUUCACAGCACCCACUGUGGGGUUGGACUGCCAUGUGUCCGAACAGUUCCCUUCAGUAUCUGCACAAACCAGCUCCUUCCUUGCAUUUGAGAGAACCCAGUGUUACAUGUAUGAGUUGCUAGAUGGUGGAAGCAAUGCUACAGCACAAUCUCCCAGUGCUGCUUGUCCGUUUGCUAUUGUAUUGUUUUCAUAUACGGAUACCAAAGCAACAAUAGCAUCACCUCAGGAGAAAUGCAAGGAGAAAAAAUUAUUUUUUCAUUACUUGCCUUGGAGAGGUGAGCUUCAGAUCGGCAGGCAGUUAUGCAAUGUUGGGCUGAGGUCUAAAGCAGGGGCCUUACUACCUGCCAAGCUACCACCAGUGGUGAACGUUGACUGGGUGAUUUCGAUGUUAGAUCUACGACAGCUGUUACCAAGGGCUAUUUUUGAAACCUGCUUCACUGGUGAAGUCUUUCUGGAUGGCUUGUACUGCAGUCUGUAUGAGUUGGUUUCUACUGAGGCAGAAGAAACCAACUCACUUGUUCAGCUUCUGUGGGACAUCAAAGAGAAAGAUCUUGCUCUCGUUGUUUUGCUGCGAGAUGGUGGAUUUUUUAUCCUGUUGCACUCGUCCCAUUUUCUCUCAUAUGAUGAUGCUUGGUCCUGCGCAAGUGAAGUCCUGCAGGGCUUGUUUGUGUUUCCAGAUCCUCGAGUUGUAAUGAGAGAUACCAAAUUUGGACAGAAGAACCCUUCUAUGACAUCAGAAAUCCUCCGGAUUCUGCCUGUACUAAGCUAUGCUGAGGGUGAAGCUGAGAAAACGCCCAUCGACCCAAGUGAAGAACUGUGUGAAGUCUUGGCUCAGCAUAUGCAGAGUUACACUGCACUGAUAAAUCCUGGUCUGACGUCAAGUCCUUCUCGGGAAGUCAGCAUGUUUCCAUUUCAGUAUGAUGUGCCGGAUACCCACCUGUACUCGUCCCCUGAAUGGACUGAUGGGGCAAUGCAGAGCUUCAGGUCAUAUCUGAGCAGACCAACCUCCUUCCAACUGCCAGUAUCUAGAGCUUCAGAAAUUCUUGCAGCUGGACAAGAGGAGCGGAGGAGAGAAGAUCUUGAUGAUGAUGUCUAUAUCUGUAUAUCGUCUCCUGAGGAGGCACCUCAGGAGUUGACAGACCCUGUUAAUACAGUGUUCGAAGACACAUUAUCAGACCUGAAAUCUUCUGAAAAUGUUGAGACAUCUGUAGACAAUGUUACAACAAGUACCGGAGCACAAGAUGAUUUAGCAUUUGUGCCUCAUAAUGUGGUUCCAAAUGAUUUGCAACUGGGAGCUUCUUCCAAAGACAAUGAAAAAUCCAGUGACCUCAGUGAACUGAACAAAACUGAUGAUGUGGUGGCAAAUAAUCUCACUCCUCCUACAUCAGAUGACCUUCCUGCAGAGCUGAUUGUCAGCAUCACUUCUGCAGAACAAAGUGUCAGCAAUGAGACUCUAAAUCUAAGAGCAAAAUUACAAGCAGCAGAAGUAAACUCUCUCUGUGAUGAGACUGGCUAUACUCAAAAGCUUUUGAAUAUACCUCAGGUCACUAGUUUCACAGAAACAAAACUUAAACUACACACAGGAGGUUCUGGGGGAUUGAAAAAAGCAUCUAAAGCUUCUGUUGUGCCGUCUACUUUACAGACAGUCAAAACACCAGUGGAGAAUGACAAUGUAAACAGUCUGAAGGAUGAACACACCAAGGAAAUACCAGAUCACCCACAGCUGAGUAAUCCUUCAAAUUGGAGGAAAUUACAACGGCGUAAGCGCAAAUGUGGAAAACUAUCUCCAAAAAAUAGAAAACUAAGAUCAGCUAUGGUUGCUUUACCCAUAGCAGAAGAGAAAAAAACAGAUCCUGAGCAUUGCCCUUUAAGAAGGAAAACCGAGCGCUGGGACCUUAAACCAAUCAUCAGUGAAUGUGGAAAGAUUUUGGUGCCUCACGGCUCUACAGACUUUGUUGAUCAAAUUAAAUCUUUGAAGGAUAAGCUCCAGUCUAACAAAAAUGAAGAGUGCUCUGAAAAAAUGUUGCUUGAUGCCCCAGUGAAUGCUGAUGACGUGGUCAAAUCGGAUCCAGAGUCUUGCACUGCUCCAGAGACAGCAGUGGAAGACAUGCAGGCUGCUAACAUAGUGGAGGGUGGGAAUGAUCUUCAGAACGUCACUGUUAGUGAUGUUAAUCCUGAGAAGAAAAUUUCAAGGGAGUCAAAUUAUGGUAAUAGUUCAUUGCCUUUGAAUCCAGAAAGUAAUUCCUCAAAUAAUGAACCCACAGACAGUGUUUCGUCACAAGCAGUUCAGGAAAAACACUCUGAGAACCUCUCCCCUGAAAAGUGCCCAACUAAGAGUGAAUUUCUGUUGAGGAAACUAAAAUCAGUACUUUUAAGAGGAAAGAGGAAAACGGAUCUUGUGACAGAGGACACAGCUCCAAAUACUCCUCAGGACACUGAGCCUUGUCUCAAGAAGAGCAAAGGAGCGGACACUGAGUCUGAGGCGCUGACAUGUAAUGAUAAAAAUACCCCAACCACCAAUGCUGUGGUCACGGAAGUUCAAAAGGUGCAGCCAGUUGACCCUUUGUUUGCGUUUGCCCUUGGCCUGACCCCUAAAGUGAUACCGGAGAACUUGAAAAAAACAGAGGAUCAGGACUCCAAGCAAAAGACGGACACAGCAAAGACACAGGAACAAAUGAUUCAGGACAAGCAACCUCAAAUCUUGCAUAGGGCUUCAUCAAUUUUUACAAGACGGGGCAGGAUAAAAACACUCAAAAAGCACCAAAGCAUCUCUGCAGAAUGUAUCAAAAAGAAAUGGUGGUUGCACUUUCAAACUCCAGCUUGUUUUGCCAGUGAAAAACUCAAAAACAAAGACUGUACUAGCGAUAAUUCUGUCAGGAAGACUGAAAAAAUGAACAGGGCUUACUCACCUGCAGAUGCUUUGAACUUACUUGCUGACUUGGCACUCAGUGCCAAUAAUGACCAGGCCCCUCCACAACCAAACCCAUCAUUUGAGAGAAAACCUGAGACAAGUUUGAAGAAGUCUGACCUUAAAAAAGACCUUACCAGUGCUGAACAAGAGUCAGUUCUUCAUGCUCUGCUUAGACAGCCUGCUGAUAGAUCCACUCAGCCACAUGAGUCUCCUGCACCAAGCCACCUUGUAGUAAACGGUGAACUCGUUGGUUUGGUAUCUAAAGAACAUGCUUACUCAUUGCCCCCAUCUUCCUCUCUACUAUUGGGUUUGCCAGGUACAUCCCUUGUAAGUGAUUCUUCGAGACUUCUGCACCAUGACCAGACAAUGUAUGGAUUUCAAACACUACAGCCCUCUGUUGGUCAAGAAGACAGAAGUGAAUACGACAGGACACCAGAAUAUCUGAAAAAGCGCAUGGCUUGCAGACAAAAGUUCAGAUACUCCCGUACUUUUGUUAAUAUGGAAGGAUGUAUAAAGAUCACAAGACACUGGCAAGAAAACUAUGACUUUAAUCUGGACAGCAAGUUUACAAGCGAUCCAAAAGACAAAACUAUUGUUCGAGCUUUGCAUGGGCCAUGGGAUUUCUCCAUUCAAGACACUAAUGAAGAGGUGCGGCUAAUUGUCCACAUGUGGAUAGGCUUGUUUUACAGUCGGUCAACACCACGCCUUUUUCACGUUGAGUCAAAUUUUGCGUACUCCUGCUCAGAAGAGAAUGAUUCAUUGGGAAUGACGAGUGCAGUUGUAUCUGGCUUAACUAUAUUUGAGCAUAAAGACACUGCUGCUUCUUGCCCAAGUGUACCAGACACUUCAGACCCUUUGUUGUCAAAUGCUUUGGACCUCAGCCAAAAGGAUGACACCAUAUUGAAUCAAGAUUCUGUGGUUUUGGAUUUGUCACUGAAAAAUUCCAGCACCUGUCUACAGUCAGUCACUUCACAUCCACAAAUCCACAAAAAAGGGCCGCUUGAUUCCAGUGAACAGAAAGAACCCAGUGAAACACUGAAUUCUUUAAAGCCACUGGGAGAGCUUCAUGAGCCUUCUGAAAACAUGGUUCAUUCCAAAACGAUUGUGACUGACGUGAAAAAUUUCAUAAAGCCUCAUGAAGCUAAGCAGACCAGUCCUCACAGUAAAACUAUCUGCCUGGAGAAGAUUGAUUUUCCAUCUAUUAGAGGUGAUGGAAUAGACAUUCCUCUUCAAAAAGUGGCACAAAGUGCAUCUGUCAAGGUCACCACUGCUGUGGCACAAUUUGGAAUUGGUCAAGUGUUACUUGGAUGUGGUGAAGAGGGGAAAAAUAUGCAAGAGAGCACUAAAAAUCUAGGAGCUAAAGAGAUGGACUUGGUGAAACAAGGUGCAAUGGAUUCCUUUUCAUUUGUGAAACCUGAAAAAGGAGACCUCAAUAUGGAAGUAGAAGGUGUGGUUCAGACAGAUGAGCAUGAAAAAAACAAAUUGAAAAAACUGGCAAUGUGUGAAAGGAAGGAACACCCAAGCCAAGAAGGUAAUGCAGAGCCAUCUCAAAAGGUUAGUCAUGCAGGUGAUGAUUCUGGAAAGAAAUCAGAUAUUAUUGCCUGCAAUGGAAAUUGUGUAGAAAGUGAGAAGCUAUUAUCAAAGGAGGAGCAUAAAGGAGUCUCACAAGAACAUCGCGGACAUUUUAAAGGGUUUCUGGCCUGUGACCUAAAGCAUAAGGCUAAAGUGAUGAAAGAAUAUGGUCACUCUAAAGAAAAUGGACUAUAUGAGAAAGAAAACUGCAUGUCUGCUGGAAAGGAUUUGACUGAUCAGCCAUUACCUGUAAUGUGUAAUGGUCCAGACUUGGUAAACAACAACUACAUUACACGCAGUAAUCAUCAAGCAGAAAUGAACGAGCAACCACCAGUAGUAAGCAACACCAACAAUGUCUGCCAUGGCUUACCUCCGAUGCUUUGUGCAGAUGGUAUUGCACUGGCAGAUGGCUAUUUCAUUUCAGAAAAUAAUUCUCACACUCCUUUGGGAAUUAAAUCCAAAUACAGGAAGCCUGCAACUAAGAAAAUCUCCCCCCAAAAAAAUUAUUUGAGAGAUGAGGCAUUUCAAUCAGCAGUAUUACUUGUAUCUGAUGGAAGCUCGCCUAUGCCUCUGGUAAAAGACAGUUUUGAAAUGGAGAGCCAAAACAAAGAAAUAACAGACUGCAACAAUGUUCAAAGUAAUAAUGAUCAAGAAGAUCAGAAAAUUAAGUCAACAGAGGAAGAGGUAAAGGAUGACAAAGAGCAAUUUCAGUGCCAGGUUCAUUCACCGCUGUGUGAGGCUCCAAAAGCAUCUGAUGGACAAGUGGCAUUUACUGAAGAAGCAGAUUUCAGGACUAAUAAAACAAAUGAGGGUCUGAACAAAGGUUGCAUUGCAUUUGAAAGUCCUUUUACUGGAAUGAACCCUUCAGAAAAGGUUAUAGUACUGGUAAAGGAUGACAGUGCAAGUCACAAAAACACAUUUGGUCAAAGUAACAAUGAUCAUGAAGAUCAGAAAACUAAGUCAACAGAGGAAGAGGUAAAGGAUGAGGAAGAGCAAUUUCAACACCAGGUUCAUUCACCUCUGUGUGAGGUUCCAAACGCAAGUGAGGUAAAAGUGGCAUUUACUGAAGAAACAGAUUUCAGGACAGAUGAAACAAAUGAGGGAUGGAACAAAAGCUGCAUCUCAGAUGAAAGUCCUUUUACUGAAAUAGAUCAUUUAGAAAAGGUAGGGCCAGUGGAUGACAACUUACAAAAAACAUUUGAACCCCAGCCUCAUUCACCCCAGUGUAAGUUUCCAAAACGAUGUGAGACAGAAGUGGCAUUUACUAAGGAAGAAAGCCUCACAGAAGAAGAAUUCAUAACAAACAAAGAAAAUGAGGGAUUGGGUAAAGGUUGCACUGGAAUUAAAAAUUAUUUUAUUGGAAUACAUGCGUCAGAAAAGGUUGGAGUACAGGUUAAUGAUGACAGUGCAAUAAGCAAAAUAACAUUUGGUCAAAGUAACAGGGAUUGUGAAGACCAGGAAACGAUGUCAACAGAGGACGUAGUAAAGAAUGACAAAGAGCAGUUUCAGCACCAGCCUCAUUUACCCAAAUGUGAGUCUCCAAAAUUAUGUGAGGCACAAGUGGCAUUUACUGAAGAAGCAGAUUUUAGGACUAAUGAAACAAAUGAGGAACUAGACAAAAGUUCCAUUGCUAUUGAUAUUCCUUUUACUGGAAGAGACCCUUCAGAAAGGGUAACAGUACAAGUAAAGGAUGACAGUGCAAUUCACAAAAACACAUUUGGUCAAAGUAACAAUGAUCAUGAAGAUCAGGAAACUGUGUCAACAGAGGAAGUUAAGGAUCUCAAACAACAAUUUCAACACGAGGUUCAUUCACCUCCUUGUGAGGUUCGAAAAAUAUGUGAGGCACAAGUGGCAUCUACUAAGGAAACAGACCUCAGAACAAAUGAGGGAUUGACCAAAAGUUGCACUGGGGUUGAAAUUCCUUUUAUUGGACUAGAUAGAUCAGAAGAACUUAUAGUACAGGUAAAGGAUAACACAGCAACAUUUCAACGCCAACUCCGGUGGAAGAUUCCAAAAAUGUGUGAGGCAAACAUGGCAUUUGCAGAAAAAACAGAUGUUGGAAGAGACAAAAAAAAUGAUAGACUGGACAAACGUUGCACUGAGGAUGAAAUUCCUUGUAUUGGAAUGGAUGCCUCAGGAAAGGAUGCAGUACUGGCGAAAGUUGAUAAUGCAACUGGCAAAGAACAAUUUCAAUGCCAGCCUCAGUCACUUCUGUCUGAAGUUCCAAAAAUAUUUGAGGCACAAGUUACAUUCACUAAAGAAAUGGAUCUCAGAGCAGAGUGCAAAACAAAUGAGAGAUUGGAUAAAAAUUGCAGUGGUGUUGAAAUUCCUCUUAUUGGAAUAGAUUCCUCAGAAAAGAUUAGUGUACAUCUACAUGGCUCACACCCCCAAGGCAAGUCUGGAGAAGUGGUACAAGGCCAGGAAGAAAUUCCAUUCAUCAGUGACUCUAGCUACUCUAAAGCUGCACUGACCAGUGAGAUAUGUAGUACAUCUCAAGCAUGUAGUCAAAAAGAAGAACCUUGCAAAAUGUUACUUCUUGAUAUAAAUGAAAGUUACGGGCCAGUAGACUUUGGUAUGGAGUCAGAUGACCGAUGCCCUACUCCAACUAUAGAUGAAAAACCAUAUGAGUACCCAUCUUGUUCUAGCCCAGGCAAAAGCAAUUCUGCAUUAAGUAGUAGUAUAACUGGCAAAAACUUGAAUCGUGAAUGCCUCAACACAAGCUCAGCACCUGUAAAUGGUGAGCUGCCUUGUGAGAAAAAACUUUGUCACAGUUCCAUUGUUAAGACUGAUUCCAGCCUUCACCAGAUUCUCCAUCCUGAUCUUGAAGCAAGGACUCUAAGAGUUCUACAAAGUAUAGACAAGUUCCUGUCCAAAUCAAACCACAUUGACAAGUCCUGUCAGAUCGAAACACCUAAAAUGAAAGAGUCUGUUGCUCAAUCCCCUGAACCUAGUAGCAAAUGUACCCCAAGUUCUUUAGCCUUUGACCAACCUACAGUUGACUUUAAGGAUAAGAAAAUAGGCAAUGAAAAGUCAGCUCUUGUGUCAUCUUCUACCUCACAGGAUCUGCACAUAGAAUCAUCAGAUAACUUACUUGUAUCACCUUUUAAAAGUAAAUUGGAAGAAGUGCUUGGUGUCAAGUUGAAUAUAAAGAAAACUGACUCGGUUCCUCAGGAAUAUUUUGAAAGAGUCGGUAUACAAGAAACCUUGAUAGGGCAGGAUGGCCAGUUCCCCAGAAAUUGUCCAUCCGAGUUGUUCCAAGUCAUUAAACCAAGUUUAGACCAAGAGAGACCUAAACCAACACUGCAGUCGAAUGUAAAUCAGGAAUCCCGUGCAUACAAUCAUUGUCCUGUCUUGGCUGUCAAACCAUCGAAGAAUGAUGAAUGUCAAGCAGAUUACUUCUUAGUAGAUACACAAAUUGAAAAUUCUCUCAAAAACAACCCACCUAAAACCCCUAGACUGGAAUAUAGCAAGCCAACAUCUGUGCUCUCAGAAAAGAGGACAAAUGCAAAAUCUAAAGGAUGUUCUGAAAGACUAAAUGAUAACCAGGAUGCCAGUCAACUUUCCUUCAAAACUACUUGGCUUCCAGUUGUUGGUAAUAGUAGAUCAAAUUCAUUUCCCUCAUAUCAGUACCAGAGAAAGGAUCUUUCAAAAUUCGACAUGAAUCUGUCAUUGCCACCACCUAUGGAGUCUUUUGAAUCUGCAAAAAGUUCCUCAAAACGUGUUGAUGAAAUUCAAGGUUUCUUAACAAAUGGUUUAGCUCAGAAAAUUGAGCAAACUGUUAGAAAAAAUAUUGAGAUGGAUCUCAAAGACCCCUCCAGUGCAGCAGCUUCAUUUAUAGAUCAAAUAAAUAGCGACAACAUAGAUAAAAGUCUGGUCUUGGGGCCUCAAAGCUCACUUGUAUGCACAGUCUAUAACAAUAGUCAGAAGAGAUCUUAUUCGUUUCUGGAACAAGUUUCUCGGAGGUGCAUUCAAGAUGAUCUCACUCAGGCGUCAGUUGAACAAGAAUCCCUCAUUUUCUCAGAACAAAUGAAACAGGCUUUGAAAAAGAGUGAGAGGAGACCCACCCACCAAGAAGACAGUCAUGACAAAAUAAGGCUGUCUUGCACUAGUCCUUUGACUAUCAACUUCUCUAAUCUAGACGAGCAAGAGGAUUCACUGGAUCACUUGGGAACCUCUCUUAUUGGACAAAAAAUUAAGGUAGACCUGUCCAACAGGAAGGAUGCAACUGACAAAAAUGAAGAAAAGAUGAUUUGUCCUGGAGAACUUUCUGAAGGCAAAGAUAACACUGUGGAACAUGACUGGGUUUCUGAUGUGACUGUGGAAUGUGCCAGACUGUAUGAAGCAAAAAUGCAAGAUGUUUGUGCUUUCAAAAAAGUCUCAGCUAAAGCCAAACACUUCCGAAGGAGUUGCACUAAGACUGAACCAAGUAACCAUUUUGACUUCUGUGAACAAAUGAAGAAAGAAAUGGAUAAAACGUUCCGGACUAAUCUAAAUUCAGUUGUGAAGAAGUCCUGUAGAACAAAGUAUAGGUUCUACAUGCUAGCAACGUCAGAAGAUGUCUUCUUUGAACAAACCAAGGCACAGUUAGAGGCAGAGGGCCACACUCCUGUACAGCCAUCUGAAUUCUUCCCUGGUGAUGAUUGUUCUUCAUCUUUGAUCAUCAUCCUCAAGAAUGAAGACAUUGCUGAGCAUAUUUGUGAGGUCCCACACUUGCUUGAGCUGAAGAAGUCACGGCAUGUGCAGUUUGCUGGAAUUGAUGAACCAGAUGAUGUUUUGAAUCUCACACAUCAGGAACUCUUCAUGCAGGGUGGUUUUAUAAUGUUUGACAGAACAGCGCUGGAUGCUCUCAGCCUUUGUAACAUGAAAAAGGUGUCUGAAAUCUUGCUAGAGCUAAGCAAAAUGGGAAAAUGGAAAUGGAUGUUGCAUUACAGAGACAGCCGUCGAUUAAAGGAAAAUGCAAGGUUGAGUGCAGAGUCAAAGGAAAAGAAACACUUUCUGUACUGGGGCCAGGAAGCUGGAAUCCUGGAGGUUUUGCCUUACCAUGACUGUGACCAGAUGUCAAAAGAUCAGCCUGAUUAUCUCACAUGUUUGGUCCGCCAGCAGGUUCAGAAAAUAUCAUCUCGCUUCCUUGUUUUUAUAACUGAUACAGCAACAGACGGCGCCUUUGAGAGUAAUGGGAUCUUGGCAAUGACUACGGAGUCUUUCUUAACAAAGCCUUUAAGUGAAAUGUUUACAGUGUGACCUAAAAAAAAGUUAGCUGGACGAACUGAUGUUUUGCCCAUUAAAGGAUGUACUCAUAAACUCACUCAAUGUGAAGAGAACCCAGUAAUACACCAGUAAUUGCUAUUUUACGUGUAUUACAUUAUUCUUCAGUCCCACCAGUUUUUUUCUUCUUUGUUUUUGUAUGCAACAAUAAUUAUUGAUUAUUUUUUUCCCACAUUGUUCAAAUGUAAACCUAGUUCUCAUUCAGUUUAUGGAUAGAGGUGGCAGUAGUGCCAGUAUACCAGCAGCUGUGCUGUGUGUUGAUUUUGUAUCAUAUUUUUAUUGUAAAGUGUAUUGUAAACCUGGUUAACAAGUGAGUUUUACAUUGUGACUAUUUUAUCUUUUUCCUCACACUUCUGGCCUUAUACAUUUGCAGCACAAUCAGCAUAGUGUUUGUUUGUUGGGAGUAUAACAGUUUGUUGAUGGCUUCAGGCAAAAAAGUUGACCAGCUGUUGUUAUGCUCUGGGGCUUCAGAUGAAGCUAAAUUAGGCUGUUUUCAAGUGCUAUGUUACAUAUUUAUAGUAUACACAUGUACAGCAGUUUAAUGUUAUUAGUUAAUGCUAAGUAAAUUAUCUUUAGUUUUGGUUGUAUUCUGUACAGCAAACUGACUGAAAAUAAAGAGAUUUCAUCCACAAAUCAACUAACAUA